AUGCUCUAAAUUUAAAUAGGGGAUAUUAUCGACAAUCAAUAUGAAAUAAUUAAAAAACUAUCUUAGGGUUCAUUCGGAAUAGUUUUUUAUGGGAAAUGCAUAAAAACAAAAAAAGGUGUAGCAAUUAAGGUAGAGAAAAAGGAAAUGUCAAGUUUUGGCAGUUUAAUACGUGAAGUAAAACAUUUUAUGAGUUAAGGUUGAAAUGUUAAGUAAAUUAAAGGGAGUUCCUCAAAUUCCUGAAUUGUUGUGGUAGGGGGAAUUCAAGAAAUGUAACCUAAUGAUAACAAAAUUGUUAGGCCAUGAUCUUAUUUAUCAUUAGAAAUAUUAUACGCAAUUUUCUCCAUAGUGUAUUAAUAGUAUAGCAUAUUAGUUAUUAUGGAUUUUGGAAUAAAUACAUAAAAAGUAUAACAAACUUAUUUAUACUAGGAAUAUAAUUCAUAGAGAUAUUAAACCUGAAAAUAUUUUAAGCAAAAAUGAAUCAGAUAAGAUUUAUUUAAUUGAUUUUGGAAUUUCAAAAGACACAGAUUCAAAUUUAACAAAUAAAAAGAAAUUAUUACCAUUUAUUGGUACAAGCAGAUAUGCUAGUAUUUCAGCUCAUCAAGGUGUAAGUUAAACAGCAAAAGAUGAUUUAGAAUCACUUGGAUAUGUUCUAAUCUAUUUAACAACUCAACAUUUACCUUGGAUGAACAUUGAAAAAACAGAUCUUCAAAGAUUAGAUAAAAUUGGCAAGUUAAAAGAAAAUGUCUUAUUAGAAGAUUUAUGUUUUGGAUGUCCUAAUUCAAUGCUAAAGUACUAUCAUAACUAAUUAUAGGUAUAUGAAGUAUGUUAAGGAAUUGAAGCCUAAUUAGAAACCUAAGUAUGCAAUGUUGAGAGGAUUAUUUCUGACAAAACUAUAAAAUGUAAUUGAAUUAGGUCUAGAUUGGACUAAUUAGGUUGUUAAAAUGGAAAAAAAGAAACAACAUAAAAAGUAAAGAAAUUCAUGUGAUCUUAAUUUUUAAAGUUGUGUGACUAUUAGAAAGUAACAGAUGAUUAUCAAAUUAGACCUUUUCAAUUAGAAAACUAAAUUAAUUUAAAUGUGAAAACUAUAGCAGUUUAAGAUGAAUAAAUGAUAUCAUCUGAUAAUGGAACAAGUUAAAUGUAAUUUAGUAUAGUUGAGACACUUGGAAGUAAAAAUAGUGUUAGAGUUGGAUUUUCAGCAACAGAUAAUUUAGAUUGUUUAGCUAUCUAAUAAAAUAAUCAUUUGGCACGAGGAUCUACAUUUGAAGGUAUUGUUGAAGCUAAUCCACUUCAGCCUUUGAAUUUUGAAGAAUAAUUAAUGGAAAGAGAAAACUAAGAUUUAGAAAUUAAAUACAAUUUACUUCAUUUUAGCUCAGUAUAUUUUAAUUUUAAGAAUCCUAUUCAACAAAAAAUUAUUAAGUAAAAUUAUUAAGUCAAGGUGAUCAAAUCUAUUAAUUGA